GGGUAACUUUUACUAUGGUCUCUGCCAUUUCCAUUGUGGCAAUUUUUGCCCUUGAGGGUUUCGUGACUACAUACUCUGAUGGUACUAAAGACCUUGUUUUUGUUCAAACGCUUUGGAGACACGGAGAUCGUUCACCAACAAAAACGUUCAAAACUGAUCCAUUUCAAGAGGAUGCUUGGCAAUUCGGAGGUGGUGGAUGGGGACAGUUGAGCCCGGCAGGAAUGAAACAACACUUGAAUCUUGGUAAAAUGCUCCGUAAUCGCUACGUCACAAACUACAACUUUUUGCCUAACAAGUACAACGCCAAACAGAUCUAUGUCCGGUCUACUGAUGUUAAUAGAACAAUUAUUUCUGCAAUGUCCAACUUGCUCGGACAAUACGGACAAAAUGACAACAGUAGCACACCAGGCCUAGAUUAUCCAGAUGUUGAUGGAUGGCCAGCUGGAUAUGUCCCAAUUGCUGUGCAUACAGUCGAUGAUGACACUGAUCAUUUGGGUAACAUGGAAUCUACAUGCCCAUUCAAAGAUCAAGUAUGGGAACUUGCAAAAACUUCCGAUGAAGUUAAGAGCUUUGUCAACUCUGCUGAUGUUCAAGCAGUGCUAGGAAAUCUUACGAAUUACUGCGGACAGCCAGUUGACAUUGAUAACCUUUGGAUUAUCACCAAUGCUCUUUACAUUGAACAAAUUUACUAUAAUGCCACUCUUCGUACAAAAAACAAUUGGUUCACUGAUGCCUUCUAUGCAAAAGCUGAUGCAAUUAAUGAUCAAGUUCAACUUUUCCAAAAUGGAAUUUUUAAAACUGUUCCAAACAUUGUCAACGGACAUGAUGUAGGAGUGUUAACUCGAAAGGUCAGAGGUGGACCAAUUUUGAAUGAUAUGGUUAUGCAUAUAAAUCUCAAAUUGAUGUGCCAGGGUCAGACAACUCCAAAUUGCACAUGGAUUAAUAAUUUGAAGAAUUACAUUUACUCUGCUCACGACACCACAAUCUACGCCUUCUUCUCCGCACUUCUAAUUGAAGAAUACGCUGUAAAACCGUCUGGUGGAUAUCCAUUGUAUUCUGCUGCAGUCCUUUUAGAGCUUUACAUUGAUAGUGUCGACAAGAAACCAUACUUCAAAAUGGUAUAUCACGAGCAAGACGGAAGUGGAUUCAAAGAUGUGACUAUGGGAAUUCAAGGAUGUCCUCAAAAUAGUUCAUACUGUGAUUUAGAUAUUCUCAGAAACUUUGCCAAUACUAUCAAGCCAGAUCAACCAAUCGAUCAGUGGUGCUUAACCGAUUUGAACAAGAGUUCCAGCUUUGCUACAGUCUCAAUGCUCUUUAUUGCAGCAAUUCUUGCCAUCAACAACAACUUCCUAGGACUGUUUUAAUUGUUUUGUUCUUAAAUUUGUAAAUUAUUAGCAUUAAAUUGUAAUUUAUUCGCUUCGUUCCAGUGAGAUAAAUACACGUAAGAUCGUACAUGGUUAUACAUAACCAUUUCAAAAAUAAAUUCCCCCCGUAAUAAAAUUAAAUUAUGA